UACGAAUUCAAUUAUUAUUACUUUAAAACCCCUUUUUCUAUAUUUCUUCUUCUUCAACGGAUCAAUUGAUCAAUAUUUCCAAUAAUUGAUCAACCCAUCUUUACACACACACAAACAAACACACACACUUGAAGAUUUUGGAUGUGUUAUUAAUCGACCGGGUUUCGAAUAUUCAAGAAUUUGGAUUGUGAGAUGGCUGGAUCAAAAGUAAAGUUUUCGGAUGUAAUUCACCCUACAAGAACCACAUCUGGAGUAGCAGGAGAAAGAGGAUUAAAGGCAGCAGCAGGCGGAAAAUUAGGAGGUUUGGGCAUGGGGCAAAACCGAAGAGUAUUGGGGGAAAUCAACAAGAAUAUCGUCAGAGCUCCGGGAGAGUAUAGUUAUCUGAGUAAUGGUGGAUACAUAGGAAACAAUCCAAUCUCUAGUAAGAAACCACUGGUUCCAGUUCGACGACCAGUUACUAGGACUGUUAGUGCACAGAUUGCAAGCAAACCAUCCAGGCCUUUACCAGAGGGAAAGAAGCCAAAAAUUGAAGUAAUCAUUGAUGAGCCUGAAGACUGCAGCAUCAUUGAUGUUGAAGAUGACUUCAAUGCACCAAUGUUUGUGCAGCAUACUGAGGCAAUGCUGGAAGAAAUCGACAGGAUGGAUGAGGACAUAUAUGAAGAAACACAUUUGGACAUUGACGAUGCUGACAGGGAUGAUCCGCUUUCAGUAGUGGAGUAUAUUGAGGACAUUUAUGCACAUUACAGGAAACAAGAGAUAUCAAGCUGCGUUUCACCUAUGUAUAUCUCACAACAACAGUAUGACAUAACCGACAGGAUGAGAAGCAUUCUAAUCGACUGGCUGAUUGAGGUGCAUUACAAGUUUGAGCUGAUGGAAGAAACCCUAUACCUAACGGUCAACCUGAUUGACCGGUUCUUGGAGCGUGAGGCUGUAUCACGGAAGGAACUGCAGCUUGUGGGAGUGACAGCCAUGCUUUUAGCAUGCAAGUAUGAAGAAAUCUCUGUCCCUGUUGUUGACGAUUUUAUAGUGAUCUCGGACAAAGCUUACACAAGAACAGAAGUUCUUGAUAUGGAAAAGUUAAUAGUGAAUACCCUUCAGUUCAAUCUAUCGGUUCCAACUCCCUACGUGUUUAUCAAGAGGUUUCUCAAAGCUGCAAAGUCUCAUAAGGAGCUUGAGCUGUUAUCAUUCUACUUUAUCGAUAUGUGCCUGGUGGAGUAUGAAAUGCUGAAGUUCCCACCUUCACUACUAGCAGCAGCUGCUGUUUUCACCGCAGAAUGUACUCUCAGCAGAUCAAGACAAUGGACUAAAACAAGUGAACUUCAUUCCACCUACACUGAGCACAAUUUAUGGGAAUGCUCUAAGAUGAUGGUUGGUUUGCACCAGAAAUCAGGAAGCGGGAAAUUUCUAUCUGUGUACAAGAAGUAUGACACAUCCAAGUAUGGCCGUGUAUCUCAGAUCAAGCCUGCCAACUUCAUGUUGGAGCCAAGGUUUUGGGAUUGAUGAUGAUGACUUGACAACUUAUGUUUGAAACACACUGACUUGGGUUUUUAGAUGAGCAACCUAUAGUUGCCCGCACAUAGGUUGUUUGUUAAGUAAUACAAGGAUUCUUUUACUCUUUCCGUUAGAUGUAUUUGCUUGUCUAGACCCAUCUGUGAGCCUGUUUAAAC